CUCUGCCGAUCAUCGACUUGGAUGAAAUCCCACAGACAGAAAGCUGCCCGCUGGACAGUCAAAGAAAUGACAUCCUAGAGAGUUGCACCUGCCUACCGUGUGCGGAGGUGCCAACAUGUAACCAGGUGCUCGUCGAGGUUAUCCCGGGGAUGGGCAACCUGGCAGCUGUUGUCCCCACUACAAAUGCAGCGACUCGGAGCCCGUUUGCAAUGGUACCAAUGUCACGUACUUUCCCAAUAAGUGCACCAAGUGCGAAUCCUGCAAUUCCCAUGCCAUUCGCUGCAUCCAAUUCUGUGACCUGUCCGUGGAGAUGUACUUUGGAUGGAGAGCGCGAUUGCCAGGCCACAGAAUGCCCGCUUGUGGAUUGUGAUAGACCCAUUAGGAAGGAAGGGGAGUGCUGUCAAACUUGUCCGGAUGAGGCAUCAGCACCACCACCACACAUCUCGAUCCUCCAGCCGUACUCGGGUGCAACCAAAGGACCUGAAACUGCAAUUGUUAGCUCGACAUCAUCGGCUGAAGGUUUCCCAUUGAUUCCGGACCUACAAGCACCUUUCAGCACGGUUUAUUCCGAUUUCUAUGAGCUGGCCAGUAGUACCACCGACGCCGAGGUUAGCUCUGACGCUGCGGAGAACAUCGCCUCAUCGGAAGCGCCUCUGCAGGAGAACAACUCCUCCACAAGAGACCUGGAAGCUAGCACAGAUUCAAGCUCAGAUUCUUCGAUGGUAUCUUCGACAGAUCAGAGUACAACAAAUGGUCCAGCUUCUACUAGCGAGGCAUCGGCUUCUUCAGUCUCUGAUCUUCCAGCAUGGACAAGUCAGAGCCCGGCUGAGACCACAAGGACAGAGCAGAAAUCAACCGAUGAGCCCGAGGUUCAGACACCGGAGUCAACCAGCCAGGUCAAGGCGGCCAGUGAGGAGAAGGUUACCCGCGAUGCCAGGAAUAAUAAUACCGAACAUCGUCCCUAUGUGUCCCAGGAUAUACUCGAUAUUGAUUCCAAAAACCUUUUUCCUGUGAAAGCAGUAAUUCUGGUUGCUGUUUCGGCUCUUCUUUUUGGCUGUGUACUAUAUUGGUUUGUGUACUGCCUUAUUUGGAAGCGGUGUAGAGUUGGCAAGAAGGUCAAUGGCAACUAUCACGAGGUCUCUACCCAGCAGCCCCAGGAGGUCUGCAAUCUAAAGUCCUUUGAAAGUAAGGUUACUUUCAGAGAUGAAAAGAAGCAUUAG